UGUCCUCGUCGUCACGCAUGCGUUGGGAAGUACAUACAUUACAUUAUAGCUUGCACAGUCGCAAGACACAGGAGAGGGAAGCUACUUGACCUCUAUCUAUCAGCAACAUCAUUUCAACUAGUUGAAGAGAAAGAACAAGCCGCGCAAAUCCCACGUCGAGCAUCAACGAGAAUGAUCAAUAAAGGUGGAAAGUGGUGGCUGCAGCGUGUCACGGUAAAAACACCCUGACAUAUACGUCAUUCCAUGUUCGGCGAAAUAAUCUCCCGAAACCGAUGCGAAUUGCUAAAAGAUUAUUAUCGUUUUUCAAGUUGAUAACUGCGAUCGGUAAAUAAUUUGUUAAACGAACGUUACAUGUUUCUUUGUAACGAUUAUUCAUAAUUAUAUAUAUUGAUUGGCAACGGAACUAAUGACAGAAUAUGCAAGAAUUCUAUUGCGCGCAUUGAUAAGACACAAUCGAGUUUCUUUCACAGAAAAGAGUUUUGACGUCAGACGUUUUAACGCAAAGAUCUCUCUCGAUUGUUGAUUGACACAAAGACGAGGCUUAUUCGAAAUAAAGGAAACUAAAACGCUGUCAAAUUUUUCAGCAAAAUUUAACUGAUUUUGUUGUUUUCGUCGAGAUUGCUACAAAACAACGCAAUACAAAAGAAGUGUAUGUAAAUAUCAUCAGCGCAAUGUAAUGUGUGAUAAAGAGAACAAGAUAAGAACUAAUGACUUCGCUCUAGAUAAAAGCAGAUCAAGUGUGUCUUACACAAAUUUCGCUUGUGAGAGAGAAACCACCGCGUUACAUAUCUCUACAUAUCUGUGUUACGUUACCAUCGUGUUACAUAUCCAUGUUGAGUCACGAUGACUGGAGAGAAUAUUCACAAGAAUAGAGAUUUGUGCAAAGAUAAACAAGGAAACAAAUUCACGAGCUGAAGAACAGUAAGAAGGAAGAGAGGAGGCAAUAACGAGCUGAUACACCUGAUGUUUGGUAUAAAGUGGUGAACAAAUUCAGAAGGAUGAAAACGAGAUUGUUGUUGUGCGGCCUCGCCUUUGCCAUUGUGCUUCUGAUUUUUAUGAUCUCGACCGAGAACAACAUCAUUCAGAGGAUACCCUUCCUCGAAAUAACGGCGAUCAACGAUAUCAGAUGCUACGACGAAGUCUCGACUGCAGAGAGCAUCCGUGAAUUCGAUUCGGAAUCAAGUGACAAACCGACGCCAGGUAGGAACAUCUUCUUCCACGAAACUUCCUGCUUUGGCGAGGAAGGUCUCGUACUGAACGCUCGGCAAGCUUGCGCUGUAGAGUCGGCGGCGCGAAUGAAUCCGACGAUGACCGUAUAUCUAUUGUUUGUCAGCAAGUCGGACUUUUCGAACAGCACUCGCGAAAUUGUUCGCCACGUGCUCGACUAUCGCAACGUGAAGAUCCGCCACAUCUAUCCGGAAAGAUACGUGAGGAACACGCCGUUGGAGUCGUGGUACACCAGCGGCAUGCUGAAGAAAAGCCACUGGCCGGUCAGCCACAUGUCUGAUAUGCUGCGUUACCUCACCCUAUGGAAGUACGGCGGUAUCUACCUUGAUCUUGAUGUGGUGGUCACCAGCUCGUUGGAAAAUUUGACCAACUUUGCCGGCGCCGAGGAUUGGGAUGACGUCGCCGCCGGUGUCAUGGGUUUCGACAUGUCGGAGCUGGGUCGUCGCAUGGCCGGCGCUUGCGUGCGUGAUCUUAAGAAGAACUUCCGCGGCGAUGUCUGGGGCAACAACGGACCUGGAGUGAUUACGAGGGCAUUACAGAAGCUCUGUGCGACGACGUAUGCGGGCGACAUGACGACCGCACGUUGUCGCGGCUUUACGGUGUAUCCACCGUCCGUUUUCUAUCCAAUUCACUAUAAACAAUGGAGGAAGUAUUUUGAGAUAAGGAACAGCAACACUACUCUGAAGACGUUGAGCAAAGCGAAGGCGAUUCACGUGUGGAACAAAUUGAGCAAAGAUGAGAAGGUGCGAGUGGACAGCAACGUGCCAUAUGCUGUUAUCGCGCGCAAAUAUUGUCCACGCGUUUUCAACAACUGCGGCAAAAUAUUUUGAAUCACUUUAGAGAAUGUAAUAUAUUAUUGAAUUGAUAGAAUACUAAGAAUCCUGUACGUGAUUUUCGCAUUUAUCUGAAAUAAUCGAAAGAGAGAGAGAACUACACCAAAAAAAAGAUCUCGGAAAAUAAUCAUGAAGCCAAAUGUUUUAGUACAAUAAUUUUAAUUAAAUAUGUAAGUAAACAUAAUAUAAAAAGUAGUGACCAAUAAUCUGAUUACAAAUGGCUCAACAAUUACUAUUAAAUUAUUUCAUAGAUACUGAUUAUAAAACAAUUCAGUUGGUUUGCUUCAUGAAGAAUUUUACUUACUAAUUAUUCGAUGCUUUGGUGAUUAUCACCAAACAGUUUAGCAACACUGUUACUACAGAUACACAACACUGUUAUAUCGGAUACUAAUUUGAUACUAAAACUGGACGCUUAACUAAAUGGUCCGAUAAUUAUAUUGCCAGAUUUUUGUCAAUGUUCUUAUCGACGUAAUAUUUAUGCAAUACUUGUAAAAAGGCUGAUUUAGAAAAGUGUUUUAUAUAAUACUCCGCAAUGCCCCUAUGUAACUAUAAAGAAUAUAUAUAUAUUUAUAAUAAUUUAACGCCUGAUAUAAACAAAAACCCACGGAGAUCAAUAUCACUCUUUGAAGUAUUGCAAAUUAUUGAGAUAAACUAUGGAGUCAAAAUAAAUCUGUGUGUGUGUGUGUGUGUGUGUGCGCGCGCGCGUGUGC